AUGUUACGACCUCCUCCUUCUGAGAUUCUUCAUGAAAUUUUUAAACAUUUUGAGAAUGAACCUGAUUAUUUACAUUCAUGUAUUUUAGUUAACCGCGCUUGGUGCGCGAAUGCUAUGCAAUUAUUAUGGAACAAACCUUUCCAUCUUUUACCUAACAAAAAUCUUGAUUCUUCUCAUCACCUCAUUUCAACUUAUUUAUCCUGUUUAAGUCCAGAUGAAAGACAUAGUCUUGAUUUACUUGCUUUUCCGCCACCUUCCACUCUCUCUUCUUAUUCUUUCAUAACAUCCAAAAGUUAUUCGCCACCAACUUUUAGUUAUUCCUCAUUCUUGAGACAUCUUGCUUAUUUCCCUUUAGCUGCUUCAGUCCAAGAAUGGUGUGUUAUUAAUAAUCUAAAUACUUCCGAUAAUAAUCCUUUAAUGCAAAAAAUUAUACACGCAUUAUUUCGAUUAUUUGCUAAAUAUUCACCGAAUCUUGAAUCCAUUUCAUUCGUUAUGGAUAUGGAUGUUGAUAUAAAGAAUGGAUUAAAUUAUUUUGAUUUUAAAUUAAAUUGUCAUAUUUCAAUUUUACGCGAACAAAAUGUUCGUCGAUGGGUGGGAAUGGUUAAGGAAAUCGAAUUUGCUGGUGAUUUUGCUUGUGAUCAAGAUUUCCCAACGUUGAUGCAAAUUUGUCGACAUCUUAAAAAGAUGGAGGUCAGAUUACCUGAUUUCGAAUAUAGAGAGGACGACGAUCAUUAUGAUUCAAGUGCUGCUCUCUCCGCUCGUUUUAUAGAAUCUCAAUUCGAAUUAAAACAACUUUUCUUACGCGAAUGUCAUUAUCCUCAAGCUUUAGGCAUCGCACUUACACGUCAAAAAAAUACUUUACGUCACUUAAAAUUUCGUGAAGUAGUGUUUGAUAAUUCAUGUCCAUUAGAUUGGUUACCAAAUUGUCAAAAUUUAGAAAUUUUAGAAUUUAUUGAUUCUGAAAAUUUGGUUCCUAAUGUUUUGGACUCACUUAGAUUAGCACCCCUUACUAACCUUAGAUCCAUAACUUUUAAAGAAGAUCCUGUGCCUGCUGAAACUUUAGAAUCAAUAAUUUUAGCUAGCCAGCAAAAUCUUGAAGAAAUCUUUUUUGGUUGGCCUGAGGAUUGUAAUCAAAAUGGUUAUGCUCAUUUAUUAAAUUCUAUCUCGUUGAAUUGUCCUAAUCUUGUACGACUUGGUGUUAUGAUCGGUCCAAAUGAAAUUGUUGAAUUAUUUGGAGUUUUAAAUAAUUGUAAAAAAUUAAAGAUUUUAUAUAUUUAUGGUAAUGGAAGAUCUUUUGACGUUAACGAUAUUUUACCAGAGAUUGGAAAAUUUUUACCUAGUACUUUAAUAGAAUUAAAUAUUUCUGCUGGAUGGAGAUUUGGACCUGAUAGCUUAAAACAAUUUUUAAAUAAUUGCUGUGUACCUGUUAAAGAUAAACGAGAAAAGACGGUUCCUUUGAAAAAACUUGUUAUAAGAAUUUGUGAUUUUAUUAAUGAUGAACAUCUUAGAAUUUUGGUUAGAUAUUCUAUGAAGUCUUUAAAAUUUAUUACUUUAUGGAAUAAGAAAUUCUUUAUAAACGAAGCUGGAAUUGAUAAAGCCAGCCAAUGGUUGAGAAAAUCCGUGAUAUAG